AUGCGAUUAGAUCUUUUUCGUUCAGUUAUUUCUCAGGAGAUUGCUUUUUUUGACGUAAUUAAAACAGGUGAAGUGGUAUCUCGCUUAACAGCUGACUGUCAAGUAAUGUCAAGUACUGUUGCCACGAAUGUUAAUGUAUUUUUAAGAAAUGGUAUUAUGAUAAUUGGUGGGCUCAUUUUCAUGUUUGCGCUUUCAUGGCGACUUUCGAUGGUCACAUUUAUUACUAUUCCACUCGUUUUGUUUAUUACAAAUCUCUUCGGUUCCUUUUAUGAUAAAUUAUCAACAAAGAUACAAGAAACUAUCGCGGAUGCAAAUCACGUCGCGAAUGAAGUAAUUAGUACAAUUCGUACUGUGCGAUCUUUUGCAUGUGAAUGGAAAGAAGUUGAUCGUUUUAAGGAACGUUUACAAAAUACAUUUGCUAUUAAUAGAACAAGAAGUAUUGUUUAUGUUGGUUAUACAUGGGCAAAUGAAUUUUGUGAUAAUGUAAUUCUUGUGGCUGUGCUUUGCUACGGAGGACAUCUCGUUAUUUCUGGGCAAAUGUCAAUCAGCAAUUUGAUAUCAUUUCUUUUUUACCAAUUGCAGUUGGGCGAAAAUUUCUAUAGUAUAGGAUAUGCUUUUACUGGAUUAAUGGAAAGUGUAGGUGCAUCACGUAAAGUUUUUGAAUAUAUGUGUCGAGCACCUAAAGUAUUGAAUAAUGGAACACGUAAAACACCUGUAAAGGGGAAAAUUGAGUUUGAUCAAGUGACGUUUUGGUAUCCGUCAAGGCCGAACAAUAUUGUUUUAAAGGAAAUAAGUUUUUGCAUUUAUCCUGGUGAAACAGUUGCACUCGUUGGGCCGAGUGGAGGUGGUAAAUCAUCGAUAAUUUCUUUGAUAGAGCACUUUUAUGAUACAGCUGAAGGUGGUAUUUAUCUUGAUGAUUUUCUUAUCGCCGAAUAUGAUCAUCAUUAUAUUCAUGAAAAGAUUGCGCUAGUAGCACAAGAGCCAGUAUUGUUUGAUGGAAGCAUACGUUACAAUAUUUUAUAUGGUUGCGAUUGGGCAACUGAAGAAGAUAUGUUAAAUGCUUCUCAAAUGGCCAAUGUUCAUAACUUCGUGAUGGAAACCGAAUACGGUUAUGAUACGAAUUGUGGCGAAAAAGGAGUUCAAAUGUCGGGAGGUCAAAAACAAAGGAUUGCAAUUGCAAGAGCAUUAGUACGAAAACCAGCAGUAUUGAUAUUAGAUGAAGCGACAUCAGCACUGGAUGCGGAAAAUGAACAUUUAGUACAAGAGGCAAUUUCGCGGUGCACCCGAGAAAGGACUGUUAUUAUAAUUGCUCACCGCCUGAGUACAGUUGAAAAAGCCGAUCGUAUUAUUGUUAUUAAUCAAGGACAAGUUGUACAGCAAGGUCGUCAUGAAGAGUUAAUUGCCGAAGAUGGUCUUUAUAAGUUGCUCACUCAACGGCAGUUACUUGGAUUAGAAAGCAAUAUGUCUAUAGAUAAUUUAUAA